AUGGGGUGGAAUUUACUGAAAGGAAACUCCCUCUGGGCCAGAUUUAUGUCAGCCAAAUACCUUGACAAUCUCUUCUCUCAUCAGGGUAGGAUGGGGUCGGUUUUUUCCCCCUGUUGGAAAGAGAUCCUCUCUGCUCUGCCAUUCGCUCUUCUCCACUCCAGGUUGUUGAUUGGGGAAGGUAACGGCAGCUUCUGGUACAAAAAUUGGAUGGGCAGAGGCAUUCUCGCUGGGGCGGCUGUCAGCCCCAUUCCUCAUCAUCUUCAAGCGGCUCAGGUUAAAGACUUCAACCCCAUUUCUGGUAGCUGGUCCUUAUCUGAUAUCCAGAACAUUAUAUCCCCAUCAGCCCUGCAUCACAUUUCAGCUACUUAUGUAGGCAUCUCCAACAGACAGGACAAAUUCAUCUGGGACCUUUCGUUGAAGGGCACUUUCUCCCUGAAGUCUUCUUGGAACAACAUCACACAACAUUCGCUCAAGGAAGCAUGGUCCAAAUGGCUGUGGAACCGCUAUCUCCCUCCGAAAUUGGUUGUCUUUGGUUGGAAAACCGUCCACGCAGCUGUUCCAGUCGAUGCUACAAUUCAGUUUUGUGGAAUCCCUCUUGCUUCACAAUGUGAAUGGUGUUGCUCUCACUCCGCCUGUCCUCCAGUUGAGACGUCUUCCUCUCACCUGACCAGGGGUCAGUCCAGAACUUCUAUGCUUCUCCCCCAGCACAACAAUGUGGAGACAUUGGAUCAUCUCCUGAGCACCGGCAGAUCAGCAACUGCUGUGUGGGACUAUUUUAGCGACCAUUUUGAUAUCCCAGUCAUCCACAACCUCCCCCCUCCUUCCGCCUCCCCCCCCCCUCUCAAGCCUGAAAUUGUCAGGUGGUUUAAACCACCAGACCAGUGGCUAAAACUCAACAUUGAUGGUUCUUCACGUGGUAAUCCUGGCGAGAGUGGGGGCGGUGGUGUCUGCUGGGAUCACUUGGGCCGGUUUAUCUUUGCCUUCCACAAGCACUAUGAGUUUUCUUCCAACACUUCAGCGGAAGCUAGGGCCAUGCUUGACGGCCUCAACAUUUGUGCUGAAAUGAGCCUGCAGAAUAUCAUUCUAAAAACUGACUCCGAGGUUAUUGCUGAUGACUUGAAGGUCUUGGGCUCCUCCAAUCUGUGGAAUAUUUGGUAUAUCUUGGGGAAGAUUAGAGAUUUGUUCUGCAGGUUAAACGUCGUGAUCCAUCAUACUUACAGAGAAGGGAAUGUCGUGGCUGAUGCCCUAGCAAGGUUGGCUAGCAAUGGAUCCCCUGACAAGAUUUUCCUCCUUCGCUCACGUCUCCCAAGGUGUAGCUUGAGGUAUAUGAUAGGUGCGGCUGCCUCAUUUUUUGUUGGGGCCUCCUGA